UGGUCAGAGUUUUUGUGAAAUCAGCGCACGACUGGUACGAAUUUGAAUACGGAAGUGAAUUGCGGACGCACACAGCCGACAAAACUUUUCUGUUUGAUUACCUGCCAGUUAGUUUUACUUACAAUCCACAUCCGCUUCCAGGCCGAGGCGACCAGGAGCUCGAAGCAUUUCGCUGGGCGGCCGAAGAGCUUCUGGAAGCUCUUUGGGAAGCAGGAGGCUACCGGUUUGUCUAUGACCGAACCGUCAAAGGCCCGGAGACUACCACCUUGGAGUUCUACUGCUGUCAGGAUAGGACCAGAAACAAUAAUACGGUUGUCAAGGAGUGGCGUUGGGACGACGACAUGAUAGAGUGCAGCGAGGAAGGGUUGGAUAGAGUCUACUGCAAAAGCAGUCUCUCGCUCGAGAUCAAUCUGCAGCAGCAGACAGUCCGCCUGAGGUUAAGCCACGAGCACCACGUGGGCUACGAAGAUCUCAGCACCACGCCAGAGGUGAAAGAUUUUGUUUAUCGGAGGAUCGCCGGCUUUAGUAGCACUCAAGACGAUGUCAACUAUGGCCUGAGAAACCAUGGUGCGAUUCCCGGCGCAUGGUCUGUCAAUGAGAUGCAUAUCCAGCAACUCUGGCGUAAAGCAAACGAGGAAAACUGUCGGCUCCACCCCGACCCGCGCCAAUCCACACUUUUGCUGCUUGAAGAGUACCCUGCAUUCACAGGAAAACAAUACACCGCCGACAAUAUGUACUGCAUCGCUAUCUUUAGCAAUGACAUCAUCAGCCGGAUUAAAUCCACUGUGAACGAGGUUGCCAUUGAGACAACCUACAAAAUCAACAGAACUGAUGUGGAGCUGUUUUCCAUUCUCGCGGAGGUUGACGGUACGGGAAUACCGGUAUGCUACGCAUUCCUGGAAACGCUUCCGGGACCAGAUGGAGAGAGGUCUGCAGACCCAGACGCUAUCACCAGUAUUUUCAAAACCCUGUUUCUGGAUCUCAAACAGACUGGCAUCGAGCCGGAAUACUUUGGCUGCAGCGAAAAUCAACGCGAGCGCGCUGCGAUCGAGCAAGCUUUGCCGGAUACAAAGGUUCACUUCAGCUUUGUGUUUGCCAAACGCGCGCUGAAUGAGAGGCUGAAUGAUAGAAAGAGGACAUAUUCGCAGGCGGACUACGAUGCAAAGCAGGCGCGGCAGCUGGUUCCUAAUCUGGACAUUUGCUGGGGUUCAGUCUUGACACAGCGGCCAUUGGGCGACCACCGUGACGGGAUAUGCAUAUGCUCUGUUAAAACGGAAGCAGAGAUUGCAGGCAAGGACGACUGCCUUGAAACUGUGGCAAAGAAAGAGAAAUCUGCGAUUGUCAGCAUGUUUACCAGGCAUUACUAUCUGCACCCUCUUAUCCCAGACAGCAAUGGUGCAUUUUCCACAGCAGAUGAGAUUCACCGACAGUGCGCUACAGAGAUGUACGACUGGUGCCGCGAACGAAAUGCUUUCCGCCUCUGGGGUUACCUCUACAACAACUGGUACAAGCCCGAAGAGUGGCGGAUCUGGGCGCGAUCCGGAAACCCAGACGCGAUCCCGAUGCUGCAAACAACAACGCUGACGGACUCCGCCGGCUGGCGACGGUACAAGACAGACUAUCUGCCUUGCUACCACACGCCGCGGCUUGACAUGCUUACCUACAUUCUCGCUAAGAUGACAAGAACGAUAGAAAAUGAUCUGCCUUUUGUGAUGAAAAUGGACUAUCGUCGAGCGCAGCCAAGCUGGAGAGCAAAGUUCAGGAAAGAAUGGUCGGCGCUAGAGGGUCGCGUUGUCGCGGACAGUGUUAUUACACAACACCACACCGAUACACAGAAAUGGCUUUGCGCUUGCGAUGACUUUCGGACCAGCCAGUUUCUUCUCUGUGAGCACCUUGUCUGGUGUUACGAGCCAGCUCCUUGGCAGGUCUUUCAUCAUGCGAAGCGCCAGAUUUCUCUCCCUUUUUGGAAGCACGAAGGACUAGUCGGUGGUUAAGGACGAAUUCAAAGUCGGUGGCGAGUUGGAGGCAGCAAAUGCCGCAUAGGAGGAUAGUAGCUAGUCCAUUUUUACAAAUAAUGGAGAAAGCAAUAGUGAGAACAAUGACGAGACUGGUAAAUCAGCUCGCGAUCACAAACUACAGAGCUGCUCGAGAUCACCCGCGUGGUUGCGGAGUUGUUUGUUGCAUUGCAAAUUUCAAAUACUUUUAGAUCUUUCUUUCUAACUAUAUAUCCUAUCCAAAUCGUCUAAAUCUUCCAAUUCUACCGCUCAUAAGACAAUUC